UUGCCUUAAUAAUUUUGGCGUUUGGCGGAGUGUGGAAAUACAAUACGAACUCGAGCUCACAAUUGAAAAUUUCCUUGGCUCUAUUCUUCGCGCCAGUCCGAUAUAGAGAGCUCGGAUCCAAGAUGGUGCGUCCCAUGCAACCUAAACCAGACAACCAGAAAGAUAUGAGUGCUACAUGUACAUGUAGUACAGAUACCCCCAAGCUUGAGUAUCCUGACACGGUUAACUUCCUGAGAAGAACGUCUGGCAACGAUAUUCAGAAUCGGAAAUGUCCUUCCGAGCAUAGCAGCGACGAUGGCGGCAAGAAAGAUCCAUCCGAGUUGCAGGUCGUAGUGGAACGGCCACAGAAACCCAAAUCCACAGGGACAACGUCUUUGACGCCACACACAUAUGAUGAAGAAUUCUUGAAUGACGUUAUAGACGAAAUUGAGCAUUUGCCUCUCUCUCGUACUACCGGUACCAGUACUACCCCUGCUCGCUUGAGUCGGACAGAUGCACCUGGCGCAGUUGCCAUCAGUGGCGAUGGCCUGAAUGAGCAGCACAGUGGCGGUACAGGUACACGUACACGUAUUGGACCAGUGUCUCCUUUUUCGGAUCAUAUCACAAGAAUAGAUAUUAAUUAUAUCUCAAUAAAUGAGGAACUGGCAGAGGCCAGCUUGGUGGAGGAACUGGAGCUGCAAAAAGCUGUCCCCGAGUCGAGCAAUCAUGCAGCCGAUUCUACCAGGAAGAGGGAAGAAAGCAACAAGAAAAUCAAGACAAGUAUACUGAUUGGAGUCCUCUCUCUACUGUCUGUUUUGAUUAUCGUGUUAACGGUGACGGUACCAGGAAAAGACAAAUCCACCACGCUGCAACCAACAGUAGCUCCUUCACAAGCCCCUUAUUCCCAAGCUCCAACUACUUUUGAAGCAUCCAUUCUCGCCCUAUUUCCUGACAGCACCGUCCAGUCAAUUACAGAAAAUCCAGGGUCACCCCAGUCCAGAGCCUGGCACUGGUUGCUGGAAGAUAUGGCAUUGCUCUCCUACACGAACGAAUAUAUUGUUCAAAAGUUUGCCUUGGCAACACUGUACUACGCCACUGGCGGAGAUAAUAAUAGCUGGACCAGCAACGAUCACUGGCUGGAUCACAGUGUCAAUCCAUGCAACUGGUUCAACCAACCCGAUUUCAGCAGCAAGUUCGUCGUCAAUCAAUACUAUCCGGGAUACUUGGCUGGUUUUUUGGAGCCGCUACCAGAAUGGCAUUGCAAUGAAGAUGGGAUGUACCAACACUUGUGGUUGGAUUCCAACAACCUUGUCGGGACAUUGCCAGAAGAGUUCUAUUUGCUGACGACCCUAGUGUCAUUUUCGGCAGCCUUUAGUGCUAUGCAAGGGACCAUCUCAACUGAGAUUGGAAAACUCACCGCACUGGAAGGCUUUGUCAUUUCCAACCAGAAGGAUGGUGGUGUGAUCCCCUCGGAAAUUGGAUUGUUGACCAACCUUGCCGUCCUGGCACUUCGUGACUGUGGUUUUCAUGGAACCAUCCCAACCGAAAUUUGGCAGCUCACGAAGUUGCAACAUUUUGGUUUGAAUAAUAACCCUCGGUUGGAUGGGACAAUCGCAUCUGAAAUUGGAAAUUUUCACAGUUUGCGAUGGCUCAUCAUGGACCAAGGAAACCUUCAUGGUAGCAUCCCUUCUGAGAUGGGGAUAUUGCCAAGCCUGGAGUGGCUAGCCCUAGGGAAAAAUCAGCUAACGGGUACCCUUGGCACAGAGCUAGGGCUACUUUCGAGGUUGGAGUUACUCUCCAUCUUUGACAAUUUAUUGGAUGGCACACUGCCAACAGAAUUAGGGGAGUUGACAGCAUCAUUCCUGCAAACAUUUUGGGGGAAUCAGCUCACUGGCCAUGUUCCAAGUGAGCUCGGUCGCCUUACAGAACUGACAAUCACUCUCAACUUUCAUAGCAACUUCUUCUCAGGGACGAUUCCGACAGAGCUUGGGCUCCUUUCUUUGCUCCACGAACUCGAGUUUCAAGGAAACGUGUUCACUGGUCGUAUUCCGAGCGAGUUUGGCCAGCUCUCCUCUAUUGGCCAUCUCACAUUUGCCAACAACUCUCUUUCUGGCCAACUCCCAACGGAACUUUCUUCCCUACAGUCAACACUCCAUACACUGCCAUUGCAAGGAAACCCCAUGUUGUCUGGAACCAUUCCUGAUGGAGUUUGCAAUAUGAAUGGCACAUGUGUCAGCAGCGCCCAUGAUCGGUGCAACCCAGUGCACCUGUCAGGGUUGUCUUUUGAUUGUUCAGAUCUUUUGUGUGGAUGUGGUUGCUCUUGUCAGGGUGGCAAUACCAGUCGUACGUAAGAAGCUGUGCAAAAAGACCAGCUCGCUCCAUGGGAUGGUCUCGUGGUGUCUGGCUUGUGCUGGAUUUUCUUUUUAAAAGUGCAGUCGGUGGAGUCUUUACAUUUUGCAUAGCUACAUGCUUUUUCUUAACGUCUAUAAGAAUCCCACCAAACCAUGUUC